UCCACUUGUGUUCAUACUAGUAAUUAGUUAUCCAUACGAACAACCAAGCUUAAUCAAUAGUCACCCCCGCCAAAAAACAAAACAAACUGAUUCAGUCCAAUACUAGUUAAACACGUGGUGCUCCCACAUGGAUCCAGCACUCUCAUAUGGCCCACCAAAACAAUCUGCGGACCCCCCCACGCGCUAAUUAAGCGCGUGCACAGUCCCCUCAGUGCCUAAAAACCACUCCUCUUCUCCCGCUUCGCAAACUCUCUGUGAGAAAAAUCAGUCUUUCACUCUAAUCACUUCUCCUAAUCAAAAUCAAGGACGGAGAUCCCCAAUCCCAUAUGGAGAUCCCCGCGAUUAAAAACCCUAACCCUGACCCCAAUUCCAAUCACCAUUCCCAUUCGCCGAGCUUUCUCCUGCCCAACGGCUUCGGCGAAAUCGAGAUCUCCGAUAUCGAGAUGAUAACGAUACAGACCGUCACCUACACCAGCCUCAAGGACCUGUUGCCGGCGUCGCCUCCGACGAUCAUGUCGCCGACGCAUAAUUCCAGCUGGCACGAGAUUCCGAUCAAGAACCCGCUCGUAAAGCACGCGGCUUUGGCUUACCUGCAGCCGAUGUCCACGCCGCCCGAGGUCGGGGACAAGGGGCUGUUGCGGAUGCUCAGGGAGAAGUGCGUCUGCGGAGGCGCGAACGGGCUCGGGUGCUUCGCGUGGCUCGGCGACGUCGUUUUGAGUGGAGUUAGGGAUGUGUUUGGGGGCGUUUGUAGGAAUGGGUGCGAGAUUGGGGAUGAGGAGGAUGACGAUGAUGAAGAGGACGACGACGAGUACGUGAAGGUUGACUGAACAGAAGGGGAGGGGCAUUUUUGGAAAGUUAUGUGUUGACUUUGACUGGUAGACAGUACAGAGAGUGAGUGAGUGAGACUUUUGUGUACAGAAUUUUGGUUUUUAUCUUUUUACAUUUUUUUAUUUUUUUAUUUGGGUGGUGAGUGAGUUGUGAAUAGGUAUACAUUGUGUUCGAUUUAUUAAUCGCCGAACACAUGAUUGAUUCGUGGAAGAGAAUUUGAAUUUUUUUUUUUUUUAAUAAAAAAUUAUUUGAGAGAAA